AUGUUGAAGCAAUUUUAUUUCUUUAAAAAAGCCCUACAGGGUGGAUUAGGAGAUAGUACGUUUUUGACAUUAUGGGACCUUCUAGAAUCCUGGAUUUCUCAAAAUGUUUGGAUAGCAAUCUUCUUUAUAAUUUCCUUAGGAAUUAUUUUUGAGAUGGUACUCAUAAAGAUUUGUACAUCCUUUCAGAAGAAGCCUGCACUUCCAGAAAAGAGUAAUUCAGAUGCCCAGGAGACAAUUGGUCAAUUCAUUCAUCUUCAGAGGAAAGCACCUCAAGUCGUAAGAAUUGAUGACUUUUCAGAAGGAACAAGCACUUCAUUACUUACAUCUGAAGAAAAUGAAGGUUACUUCAAAGACAGAGUUUUAUCAGCAGAUGAAAUAACAUGGGCAGGUAGCAGUGAAGGUAAAUAUCAAGUAAGUCACUUUAGUGAAAGUCAUAUGCUGUCUUCAAAUGAGACUAACCCAUCUUUGUCACUGCUUCAUUCAGAAGCAAAGGAAAUUUCUCUAAGCCAUAGAGGGUAUCCAGAAAAUGAACGUGAAGCAAUACAAUCUUCAUCAAAGAAAUUAUUUUCAAUGAUGAAAACCAACAAAACUAAAAAUUUAAUGUUUUCUUCUGACUUUAACUUUUCAAGAACUUCUAGAAUCACUAUGGAAAGUGAAGAUCUAGAUGUGGCAUCAUGCCCGUCUGCCCAUUUAUUUCUUUCUAGAGACCAAGUCAGACUUCUGGAAGAAAAUGUGAGAAAUCAAAUUCCUUUAAAAUCCAAAGCUGUCUUAGAGAGUGAAACUACUUAUCUGUACUCAAGAUCUCAAGAGUCCUUGAUCCGGAAUCAACGUUCUUUUAGAAUGGACAUUUCUGCCCAAACACAAGUUUCUUUUCCAGGACAAAAUGCUAUUCAGAAUCAAGGUUUUUAUGAAGCUCAAUUUACUAGCCAAGCCCAACGAUUUGUUAACAACCAAGAAUCAGUCAACUGCCAGUCUGAUAUCAAGGCCAGGUACUUUUCUAUGCCUCAAGAUUUGACAAAGAAACCAUUUUCCAGCAACACACAAUGUUCCUUCCAGACCCAAGACAUGGAUGGGAGUCAACAUUUAGUCAAAGUCCCACAUUCUGUUCAGAGUCAAGAUUCAAGCAGGGGCCUAGAGUCUGAUAAAAAACAGUUAGAUGAGGCCCAAUAUUCUGUUUGGUUUGAAGAUUCAAACAAGAUUAAAUAUUCAAUCCUGGGACAAAGUACUAUUUUUAAGAAUGCCAGAUCUCUAGUUUUAACUGUAAGUCCAAAAUCAGUUGCAGAAGAGAUGCCACAGCUAAAAAGUGUAAAGCUAAAGGGCCAGAAACAAAUUCCUUCAUCAAAAUUAAACCAGUAUUCUGUAUAUGGCUCAGUGCCUCUUUCACCUACCACCAAAAGGCAGAAAAACAGAAGAAAAACAUUACACGGUAAAAGUAAAUUUAGUCUCAAAGUUUCAUCUCAAAAGUCAAAGAAAACACCAACUUCACAGGUAUUUCAAAUCACAGUAUGCCACACUUCAAAAGAAAGCAAGCUAGGAGGCAAGUAUAACACUAAGAAGAAAGAACUAGAUCAAAGGAAAGGUGUAUCAGAUAGAGCAUUGCAUCUUAUUUAUGUUUCCAAGCUUGUUCCUCCUUAUAUGAAGAAGUAUUGCAGGAAAAAACUAAUGAAAGUCAUGCCAGGUUUAACAGGAUGUAGAUAUUUUCUGCUGAAGCAAAACAUCUCAGUAGAUGCAGAGAAAGGCAGUUGUGCAGAGUCCGUUGGGAAAAGCGGAACCUCAGGCAAGACUAAAAAUGUAAAGCAGCAUGGUGGGGACAAUAAAGGACUAAAAAACAUGUCACUGAAAAUUCCACCUCAGCUGAAACAGCCUUUCAUGGUCAAUAAUUGUCAACUAAAAGCACCUUUUCUUUUAAUAGAAGCAAACUGGAAGAAUAAAAAGUCUUUUAAAGACCCAAUUACACAAGCAAAUGAAGUUGGUAUUGCAGAGUUUCAUGCCCCAAAUAGGAAAAAAACUUCUGACCUGCCUUUUCCAAAGUAUGAGAUGCCUUUAGAAGAAGAUAUAUCACAACCUUUGCAGAAAUUUGUUUUCUCUCCCAAACUGGAAUCAAACAGAAGAAUGAAAACACAGGAGGACCUGAAAAGUACAGAGAAUUCUCAUCUUCCACUUUCAAAUGGAGAGAAGUUACCAACUAGUUCACCAGAGAUGCAGAGGUGCCUUCCACAGGGAAAUACACAAGAACAAGAAGAUUUUCUGGAAAUCGUUCUGGAGUCUUCAGAUGUCAAUUUGCUCAUUUCACUAGGAGCCAAAAAGCGUAAAAGCAGUGAACAAUUAGCAAGUGUAAAAACUCAAGAGAGUACAGAAGAUGUAAUUCUGAAGGCAAAGAAACCAUCAAUCCUUGAUGUUACAGAAUAUGAUAAUCUAAGUGAAAGUGAGGAACUGGAAUGCAACUCUAGAAGCAACAUAAAAAAUAUGCAAGAUAAAAGAAUAGCUGAUGCAUUUCACAAUGCCACCAACACUACCAUUUCUCAACCACCUGAUAUGGAAAUGCUUAGCAGAUUAAAAGCCAAGACAGAUACAUCAAGAAUAGAGCUUAGUCAUUCAGUGGUAAAGCAAGAGAAAUUACCAGAAGAAAAGAAAAUAUGGAAUGUAAAAUAUAUUGAGAAGAAAUGUGUAUUUAAAAAACCACAAGAACAUGACAGAGAGGAAGAGGAACAAGCUUUACAAGAAGAAGUUCCACAGCUGCCACAAGAUUUCAGAUUCAGCCUACAACUAAAGCAGAAGUCCAAACAUGUCAAAUUUGAAAUAGAACAGAGCAGUUCAGGAAGUAGAAAAACUCAAAAUAGAAAGCAAGAAGAGGUAAAACCACAAACUCUUUCUACAGAAACGAUUUUGGGUACUAAUCCAUGCCCCACAAUGGAUCCAUUUGAAGUUGAGAAUGUGAAGCAAAGCACUAAUAGACCUACAGACAGAGAAACUGCAGAACCAAAGAAUCUUGCUACAGUGCCAGAGAACUUACCAGUUGGUGAAGUUUUAAUUGAAACAACAGAAUGUGGUGUCCCAUUUGGUAGAAGCUCCAGGAAGAUGCUGGAUGAUCGUAUUGCAGAAGAAAAGGAAGACUUAAAAAAAGUUUUACCUGCAGUUUCCCUGGGCUCUUUCAUUAUCCACGUGCUUCCUUUAUCAUAUUUUAAAAGGCAGAAAAUCAGAAAAAAAUUAUCAGGAACAAAAAGUAUACUCAGUCCCAAAUGUGUAAUUAUGAAAGCAAAGAAGCCAGCAAUUUUACUGAUACCUGAUAUCAGUAGACAUGGUAGUCUAAAUCAUAGACAAAGAUUGAGAGGCAAUUUUAAAAUCAUAAGUAAAAAGAUGCUUCGAGAUAACAUUGAGGAAGAUGUGCUUCUGAAUGUUAUUUACCCUCAUGUGUAUAUUUUGCCUCAUAUUAGAACUCACAGCAGAUUAAAUGCAGAAAAUCACAGUUAUACCAAGCUAAAACAAGAGAAAUCACAAGUUGAAAGGGAAGAAAAGUGUUCAGAUUCCAUAAAUAAAGGAAGUGACUCUGGAAACACACUAGAAGGAGCUAAAUUGCAAGAUGAAGUGAGAGGAGACAAAGAAGCUCCACAGGAAGCAGUCCUUCCUGAUAGCUGGAACCUCAGGUUGGAUGCAUAUCCAGAGAAGAAGCUUAAAACAGAGAAAGAAAUGCAUCAACCACCCACAUCUGCGGAAACCAUUUUGGAGUCUAUGUACUCCCCCAUAAUUGAUCCACCUCAUAUUGAGAACAUGAAAAACCUAACAACACAACCAGAGUUAAAAUGCACUGCAGAUUCUGAGGUGCCUCUUCCAACAUCAGAAAAAUCACUGAUUGGAGAUCCUUUAAACCAAACAAGAGAAAGUGAUGUUCCAGAUUAUAGAAGUAAUACAAGGGAAAUGGGUUACUGUUUUGCAGAAGCAAAGGUAGAAUUACCAGAAGAUUUACCAUCAACUUUCCCAGAGACUUUUAAUUGCCAUAUGCCUGUUUUAACUCAUUCUAAAGUGAAGAAAAAUGGAGUAAGAUUCUCACACACAGAAUGUACAGUGAGGCCCAAGUCUGUACAUAUGAAGGCAGUGAAGCCAUCAAUUUCACAAACAUUUAAUAUCACAGGUCAUAGAAAGAAGUUGGAAUCCAACUUUAAGGCCAAGUUUGAAAAGAUCAACCAAGCUAAUGGAUUGCUGUUUGAAUUCCUAAAUACCCUUUACUCUCCCAUGCAUAACAGAUUACAAGGAGAGACAGACAGCUUCUGUCAUACUAUGUUAAAGCAAGGGGAACUAGCAGAUGAAGGGAGACCACAGUAUGUUGAUUUCUUUGGUAAGAAUGGUGCAUUCCAUGACAGAGAAGAAAAAGUGCAAGAUGAAGAGGAAAUGGAGCAAAAAACUUUGCUAGAAGCAGCUUCACACCAUACCCAAUAUCUCUGGCCUGAUGUAUGUCAAGGGAAGGAGACCUACCUUGAUGAACCAGACCUGGCACUGGACUGUUUAACACAGGAACUGCCUGCUAAUGAGCAAGAUGUGCAGCACCAAACAUACUUUACACAAACUGCUUUGCAGACUGGCCUCCAGAUGCUUCCUAGAGAAGCUGAGCAGCUCCAGAAAACCAACAGAACAGAAAAUGACAUAACAGCCCCUAUGGGUCCAAAGAUUCUACUUCCCAAAGCUUUACCAGUCCCAGAGAAUAGCCAAGGCUUCGUAUUCAAUGCAUAUCAGAAGAAGAAUUAUGAACUUGUCAAAUCAGAUGAGGAACUGAAACAACCAGGAAGUAAAAAUAUUCAGGUACGACCACAAGUACGUUUUCCACAAACUAUUUUGGGCUCUGCCCCAUGCCCUCUAUUGGAUCAGUGUCGAUUUGGAAAGCUAGAGAGCUAUGCUAGGUAUUCACGCCCAAAGUCAAAGGAAGACAAGACUGAUAAAAUCAUAUUUUCUGCAAGAGAAUGUGGUGUCCCAUCUGGUGCAAACCAUCAGAAAGAACAAGCUGGUGGUAUUGAAAAGAAAGAGACUGUGACUUCUGAUUUCUGCUGGCCUACUUUAUCUACAUCUAAAAGCAAGAGAAACUUCAAACAAUAUUCAGACAUGAAAACUUUAGUGAAUCUCAAAUGUGGAAUUUCAAAAGCAAAGAAACCAUCGAUCUCAUGCAUACUCAAUAUCAAAGGUGGUGCUAACCCAAACCAUAGGAAAGAAUUGGGAUGUAACUUGACAACCAAAAUGAACAAGGUGGAUCAAGGUAAAAAAAUGGCAGAUAGCAUGUACUCCUUCAUGACUUUUACACCUGACAUUAAUAUGUAUAGCAAGGCAGAAAGAGAAAAAGACAUCUUGGAAGAAAAAAGACUUAGUUCCAAGCAAGUAAAGCAAGCAGUAUCACCACAAGGAGGGAAUAUUACUUUAGAUGACACCAAAGAAACCAACAAUCAAGAUAAAGAGGAAGAAGAAAGUGAACAAGAGAUGUUAUUAAAAGUAAUUCUGCAGCACAGUCAACAUUUCGUAUUCUUUUCAGGCCAGAGGGAGAAGCUUGACCUCCAGAAGUCAGAAAACCAAGGAAGCAGGAAAAUUCUGUUUGUUAUUGAACAAGACGUCCCACAACAAAUGCAGCCUACAGAUCCAAUGCAGGUUAAAACGGCAAAGAAAAGCCUCCAAACACAAAAUGGCACAACGUGUUCAGUGAAUUCACAACUUCCUCUUCUAGAGUCAAAGACAUCACUGAUUGGUCAAGCCUUAAUUGAUACAAUGAGACAUGGUGUCCCAAGCAAUGGGAGCCACACAGGGGAAUGGUACAGUUGCAGUAAAGAGGAAAAGGCAGAGUGUAAAAAUGAUCCACAAGCAAAUGCACUGGAGUCUUUGCAUCUAGAGAAAUCACCAUGUGAUGGGAAAGCAUGGAAGGCCAAUAUGACUUAUAGACAAAACAGAUCAAGCAGCACAAGGAAAAUGAAUGUGCAACAUGAAAAGGAAGGGAAAACUAUCCAGAAAUUGUUAUCAGGAUCAGUUCCACACUUCAGUUUCAAUGACCAUUUUAUGAAAAAUUCUGUCCCUUGCAAAUCAAAAUCUGAACUGAAUAGUUCAGAAGGCAGAAGGACUUGGAAUUUAUCUUGUACAGCACAAAAGAUGAGGCAAGAAAAACACUCUAGAGAAACUGAUUUGGAUCCUCUUUCUAGACACAUGAUGAAUGUUCUUCAAGUUGACACGGUGAAAAUAAGUCCUCAUACCCAAGAAGGAACAAAAUGUAUGGUAGAUCUACUGACUCCAUUUCCAAAAGCAGGGACAUCAGAGACUGGUUCAGUACAAUGUGAUAGUCUCUGGGAUGGAAAUCCUAAGAGCAAAUAUGGAAGUCUUAUUUCUGAGAAAAAGGCGUGGAAUCAAAACGACUUAGUAAGAACAGUCUUAAAACCUUUAGAUUUUUUUAGCCGUGUUUCAUCUGAACCCCAAAGCCAGAACUACACAUUAGAAUUUGUAGGCAAGAAAAGUAUAAUGAGUACCAAGCAUGUAACUUUGAAGGCAAAGAAACUACCAAUUUCACAGUUGCUUAAUAGCACAAGAUGUCUUAAAGAAAGCCAAAGAAAGAAAAAGCAGCAAAAAUACAAGUACAAGAUGAAAGAGAGGCCAUGGAAUGAAAGUACGGGAGAGGCGUUACUCUGUGCCACUGAGGGAGCUAAGAUUCCACCACCCAAAUCAGGGAUUGAUGAACACUCAUUUUUUGCAGCAGCAAGGGGGACUCUAUAUAACAGAACACUUCACAAAAAUCUGGAUGGUCAUAUUACAGAGGAAAAGGCAAAGUCAGGGGAAAACUUAGCCACAACUUUCUUGGGACCUUUAGAUUUCUUCACAGCUGUUUUAUCUGACUCAGAAAGCCAGAUAAACACAGUGCAGUUAUCAGAAAAGAAAAUCAUAUUGAAUCCCAAAUGUUUAACUAUGGAAAAAAAGCCACCAAUUUCACAGAUCCUUAAAACCAAUAGGCAGUUUACCGCAGAACACAGGAAAAACCUUGGAUCCAAUUUAGAAAACAAAAUGAAAGAGAUGCGGCAAGGUAAAAAUGUGGUUGAUACAUUUCCAAAUACCAUUUACUUCACAUCAGAUACUUCUGACAUUAAAAGGCAGAGCAGAUUCGAAACAGAGAUAGACAGAGUAUCAAGGCUUAGUCUUGUACAACCAACACAAAUGGAGUUGCCAGUUGAAGAGUUAAUGAUUUCAGAAUCACUUAAUACUGCAGGACAUGCUGCUUUAAGCAUUGGUAAAGAACAGGAAGAGAAGACAGAUGUAGAGAGAGAUAAAACUGGAUUAAAUGCAGACCUAAAACCUAAACAUGCUUCCACACCUAUUCCACUGCACAUAAAAAUGGAGCAAUCACCUAGUACCUGGGACAUCUAUGAAGAAUAUUCUGAAGAGAGAAAUGCCCUAAACAAGGCAAAAUUUAGGGAGAAAGAAGAGUGUGGACCACAGGUUUUGUUUAGAACAGCUCCAUGGUACACCCAGCCAUUUGAGUCUGGAGCAGAUCAAAUGAAACAACAAAACACAAUGCUACCUUUAGAAUCAUGCAGUAACACUGUAAAAUGUCUGAAUGUUUCAUUUCCACAAGGAAAGGAAUCAUUGGGUGGGGCACAGGUAACUGAUUCACUAUCAAAUAGCAGCUCCCCUAGGCUAAGAGGCAGAAAGAAGGUGCAUGUAACAUGUAAGACAUAUCAAAAGGUACAAAAAGAAGUAUGUCUACCUAGAAUGUUUUUACAUUCUCUUUCUAUCUGUAAGCCUAUGUUGCCUGAAAGUAAAACACAAAAGGAUAGCGUAGAACAAGGAGUUAAGGAAGGCAUAAUAUGCCCCCAAAGAAGAACUUUGGAGUUGAAGAAAUCAGUAUGUUCAAAAGUAUUCAAUACCACUGACUAUGGUACCCCAAGCAACAGAGGGGAAUGGCAGCAGAACAUAAAACAGAAAACAGCAAAUGUGAAAUAUAGAAAGGGUAAAUCUGAUUCAGUUGUUGCAAAUAUAUAUGAGUUUAUCCCUUCUUCACCUCACCUCAAAUUGAAUAAAGAGACAAUUGAUGGGAUUAUCUCAAAUAAUUUAAAAAGAACAAAACAACAUGUAUCACAGAUGAAUGAAAAGGAUAGAAUAAAAGGAGUCAAUUUGAAAGAAAUAAUGAAUCUCAAUGUUGUUCUAAAGGCAGAGAAAUCAUCACCAUCAUAUAUACUCGAUAGAAAGAAAUGUCCUAUGCUGUCAAAUAUUCUAAAACAAGAGAGCAGGGUGCAGAUAGGUAACAGUAAAUCAGGUAUGAAACUGACAAACAAGUGUACUUCCUUACCUUCUCUGUCACAUCCUAAUUUGAAUUCAAGAAUAAAAGUAGGAAAAGAUAAGUCAGGGAUACCAAGGAGCUGCCUUUCAUCAUUGAAGCUCCAGGCAUCAUCAGAUGUCAGGAAAACAUCAUUUGCAGUGUCCAUUAAUGGAGCUACUCUAAGCAAUGUAAUAGAAUCAAAACAACAUUUGCCACAGAAAAAGGAGGAAGAUAGAGAAAAUAUAGUCUAUGUGAAAGAUAUAAUGGGCCUCAAAUGUAUCACUCUUAAAGGAAAGAGAACACCAUUUAAACACAUACUGAAUGGAAAAGAACCACAGUGGAACAAUAAAGAAGAAGAGAAAAUGAUGCAGGAAGAGAAAAGUGAUCUAGAUAUAGUUCAGAAUAAACCCCAUGCUUCUAUUCCUUCUUUACCUCCCCUGGAAUGGGGUCCUGGAAUAAAAGAAGAGGUGUACAUGCGAGGAAUAACAGGAUUCUGUCUUCCAUCAUUAACACUCCAGGAAUUAUCACAUGCAAUGGGAAUAUGUGAGGAGCCAACUGAUGAUAUUUUAAACAGUAUUAAAAAAGCAAAAUAUAUGCCACAGAAAGAUGAUAAUAGAGUGGAAAUGGCUUUGGAAGAAAUAAGACACCCCAAAAGAAUAGCUUCGAAGGUGAAGCAGUCUCCAAUUGCACAGGAAUUACAGUUGAACAUCAAAGAAAAAGAGAAAAAGAUGCAGGAAGAUAAAGAUAAACAAGUUGAGAGUCAGAGCAAAUCUUGUGCUUUCAUCUCCUUUCUACCUUACUCUGAAGCGGACACAAGAACAAGAAGAGAACAAGUCAUGCUAAUAAAACCAAGAUCCUCUUUGCUACAAUCAAAACUCCAGGAGUCAUCAGAUAUAGGAAAAAUAGCAUAUAAAAAGUCUAUUUAUGGUGAUAUCUCAAACAGUAUAAAAAAAGACGAAGAACAUAUAAUGCAGGAAGAAGAAGAGAGAGUAAAAAUGGCAAAAGUCAUAGCUUUGAAGAAAAAGAAAUCACCAAUUUCACAGGAAAUCCAGUUGGACAUCAAAGAGCAAGAGAAAAAGAUACAAAAAAUUAACGGUGAACCAAGUGGGGUUCUGACCAAUACCAGCACUUCCAUACCUGCUCCUUCUCAUUUAAAAUUGGAUACAAGAAUUAAAAAAGCAGACUCUGUAACUGAAGUACCAAGAGACUCUCUUCCAGAACUAUCACACCAGAAAUCAUCAGAUACAGUACAAAAAGCAAAUAAGGAGUCCACUGAGGGUGAUAUCACAAGUGAUGUACAAGAAGGCAAAGAAAAUAUGCCGCAUAAAGAAGAGAUCAAGAGGUCAGACAAGAAAGAAGUAAUGCAUCCAAAAGAUAAAGAUUUGAAAGGAAAGAAAGUACUUUCACAGGACAUACCACUGAAUCUUAAAGAGCAGGAGAAAGCAGGUAGAGAAGGUACAGGUAAACAGGAAGCAGUUCUGCCCACAAAUCAGGCUUCUGAAUCUUCUCUAACUCAUCACGAAUUGGAUACAAGAAUAGAAGGAGAGGAAGACAUACAAGGAAUAACAAAAUCUGCUAUUUGCCAUCUGCAGCUACAAAAAUCAUUUGAUGCAGAGAAAAUAGCAUAUACCACAUCAAUUGGUGAUGAUAUCUCAAAUGAUGUAAAAGCAGUACAAGAGUACGAGCCACAGAAAAGAGAGGAUAGAAGAAAAAUAGUCAACAUGGAAUAUUAUAUAUUACCAUGUCCACAUGUACUUGGAACCCCUGGGGAUUGUGGCCCCCAAAUUAGAGAAGUACAGACAAAUGAAGAAGAAUUGGGACACGUACAGGAAAGAAAAAGUGAAGUAGAUGAGGUUCUGACAGGACCUUCUGUCCCUCAAUUUAAAUUAAACAAAGGUAUAGAAUACAAGGAAGAGAAACAAGGAGUAACAAGACCCUUUCUUCCACCCUCAUGGCAAAGGGAAUCAUCAGAUGCUGAGAAAUUAGAAUAUGCAGGGUCACCUUUGAACGAUAUGUCAAGUGAUUCAAAAAGAACAAAAUAUGUGACACAGAGAGAGGACAUAGCAAAUAUUUUUGAGAAAGACAUAAUGCAUUCCAAGUAUGUAGCUUUGAAGGCAAAGAAAUCACCCCUUUUCCAUAUACUCAACACAAAUAAACUGGAAGUAAACAUCAAAGAGCAAGUAAAAGGGGGGCAGGAAGCUACCAAGGAAACAGUUGUGCUUCAGAGCAAAAUCUGUCCUCUCGCCACUUUUUCAAUUCCUCUUAAAUUGGACACAAUAAAAGAAGAGGAAGGUGAAUCAGGAGUAACCAAUUACAUGCCACAUCUUGAGCCUCAAAAUUCAUUGCCUUUAGGGCAGAUAGCAUCUACAGAAUCAAUUGAUAGCCGUGUAAAGAAAGGUAAACGACACGUGCUACAGAAAGAAAACGACAGAGGACAAACAGUAGCCAUGAAUGGCUGCACACACCCCAAUGGCACAGAUUUCAAGGCAAAGACAUCACCACCUCUUUGUGUGUUUGGUGUCGCUGAGCACGAUGCUCUGAGCAAGAGAAGGGAGCCUGAGUGGAGCAUUAAGGAGAGAGUAGAACUGGAGCAGGGAAGAAAAGGAGGCCCUGAUGUGGCUCUGACAAAAACUCCUCCUCCCAUGCCUUCUCCCUCUCACAGUAGAUGGGAUACAAGAACCAAAGCAGACAAAGACUUGCUUGCAAGUACAAGAUUCUCUCCUUCACAGUUACAGCUCCCCGAGUCAUCAGGUGCAGGUAAAAUCAGACAUGCAGAUUCCAGUGGAGGUAUUGGCUUAUGUGAUGUAAUAAUAAAAGCUAACCAACAUGUGCCAUAUAAAGAGGCAAAGGAAAGAGUAAAAACAGAAGGUGAGAAAGGUAAAAUAUUCUCCAAAACAAUAACUUUGAGAGCAGAGACAUCCCCACUUACACACCUACUCAGCAGAAAGGGACCACCUUCGAAUAUUAAAGAGCAAGGGAAAGAAGUGCAGGAAGGCAAAGGUGAGCCAGAAAGGAGGAAAACUUAUGCUUCCUUACCUCCUCCAUCUGACCGAAAAUGGCACAUUAGAAUGGAUGAAAAGGAAGACACAGUAGGAAUAACAAAAUCCUAUUUUCCACCACUAAAGAUUCAGAAUCUAUCCAAUUCAGGCAAAAAAGCAUAUAAUAAGUUAUUUGAUGGGCAUAUGUUAAUCAAGGAAGAUAAACUCAAAACAAAUGUUGAAGACAAAAUGUUCCCAAAAUGUAUGGAUCUGAAGGCAAAGAAACUACCACUUUCAUAUAUACUUGAUGCCAGAAAAUUGAAGUGGAAAAUUGAAGCGCAGGAAGAUGAAAAUAAGCUAGUUACAAAUCUGAAAGACAUUUGUAUUUCUUUACUUACUCUACCAUAUCUUAAAUUUGAUAUAACAGAAGGAGAGGGGUACAUGAUAAGAAUUAAAAAAUUGCCUCUCUCACAACUACAAUCCAAGGAAUCAUCAGAUGCAGCAAAAAUAGCACAUGAAGAAACAACUGUUGGAGAACUUUCGAAAGAUAUAAAAGAAUUCAAAGAGCACGUGCUACAGAAAGAAGAGAAGGAGAGAGAGAAAAACGUGGAUAUGAAUAGUAUAGUGGAUCUGAGUGAUAUGUAUUUGAAAGGAAAGAAAUCACCUAUUUUAUUUACAUACAAUCUAAGUGACCUUCAGUCGAAAACUAAAGAGCAAAUGGAGAAGGUUCAGGAAGGUAAACAUGAGCCAGAUGAUGUCACGCUGACUGAGACUUGUGCAUCUAAAUCUUCCCCACCUCACCUGAACGUGAAUACCACAAUCGAAGGAGGAAGCAUGCCGAUAUUAACAGGAUCCUCUUUGUCCCCAGUAAACUUACAGGAAUUGUCAGAUUCUGAAGAAGUGGUGUGUGUAGAGCCAAUUACUCAGGCUAUUUUCAUCAGUCCACAGGAAAGUAAACAACAUGUGCCACAGAGCAAGGAAGACAAUGGAGUGGAAAUAGUAAACCUCACGUUCCCCAAACAUCAAGAGAAGAAGACGCAGGAAAGUAAAGAUGAACCAGAUGUGGUUCUGACCAAAUUUUCUACUUCAUUACCAUCUCUCCCUCACUUCAAAUUGUCUAAAGAAAUACAAGUAGAUGAUGAAAUGCUUAAAAGUUCUGUUUUGCAGAGAAUGUCAAAUGCAGGGGAAGUAGUACCUACAGAGUCAAUCAGAGAUGAUAUCAUGAAAGAUGUUCAAAAUGAGAAACAGUAUAAGCCUCAGAAAGAAAAGGACAGAGAAAAAACGGUAGAUAUGAGAGGUGCAAUGCAUACCACAGACAUAACUUUGAAGUCAAAGCAAUCUCCUCCUUCACGUAUGCUCCAUAGAACAGAAUUGCUUCUGAACAUUGGAGGGCAAGAACAAAAGAAAUGUGAAGGUCAAGGUAAACCAGCUGGUUCACUGCUGAGACAAAUUUAUGUUUCCAAACCCCUAACUAACCUUACAUUGGACAAAGGUACACAGGUAGAUGAAAAAAUGCUUGGAAUUAAAAGACCCUCUCUACUUCCACUAAUGCUUUCAGCAUUAUCGGAUGCAGACAAGAUAGCAGAGACAAAGGCAAUUGGUGGUGAGGUAAGAAGAAGAAAACAAUCUAUGUCACAGAAAGAAAAAAAAUAUGAAGUGAGAACAGUAGAUAUGAGGAUCAGGAUGCAUCACAAGGAGGCAAGGAUUUCACCAAUUUCACGUAUCCUUAAUACAAAGGAAUUUGUCAUGAAUAUUCAAGAGCCAAAGGAAAGAGUGCACGAAGGUAAAGAUGAGAAGCGUACGGUUCUCACAAGGACUUUUCUUUCCAUCCCAUCAGCACCUCCCCUUUUUCUAGAUUCAAGUAGUGAAGUAGACAAAGGUGCACCAGGAAUUACAGGAUCCCAUCCACAGCAAAAUCUGCAGGAAUCCUCACAUACCCGGAAAGCAGCAAGUAGAGAGCCAGUUGCUGGUGAUGGUGAAAUCCUUGCUGAAAAGGCAGAACUCCCUGUGCCACUAGAAGAGGCAAUGCAACAGUGGACCUCAAACUUCAUGAUCAGUGUACAGCGAAGGAAGGAACCUCCACGAGUCAAAUCCGAAGGAGAUUUGAGUCAGUUACUUUUAAAUUCACAGCAUGAGGAUAUUUAUUUCACAGGAUUUGGUACCAUGAGAAGUGGAAGAAGGCUGGAAUGUUUUUUUACAGGGCGAGAGGCUCAGCCAGAAAAUUACAAAACAGAAACAUUUACGACAUUUCUUUCCUACCCCACAAUGGAUCCAACUAAAAUUGAAAAUCUGAAGAAAGAAACUGAAAUAAUGGAUAACUUAAACCGUAAUAUGAAUCCUCAGGGUUUCGUUUCACUGCCAAGGAAAAUAUCCAAGGAAAUACAUAUCACAUUUGGCACCCCCGUAAGUUCAAGAGGAUUUUCUGUUUCCAAGCGAGAGGCCCACCAACCAGAAACUUUAUCAAAAGCAUCUCUAGGAUCUGCAGAUCCAUGUAAAUUUGAUAAGCCAGAGAAAGAUGUACAAAAUAAUGAUAAAAUGAACAAAAUGUUCUCUUCCACAGUGUCAGCACCACAGACAAAGAGGUCACUUGAGAAAAUGACUAUCAUAGAGUCAAAUAACCCCCAAAAUAUAGAAGAACAAGACAUUGUCAUGAAAAAGCAAGUGGUGCUAUGGUCUCAAAGUGGACACAAGACCAGGCUAAACUCCAGCCUUUCUCUUAAGUUUCCACUUCAAAAUGGAAAGCAGAAGACACCGUUGGAAAUAGAUGUACACAAGCAAACCACAGUGUACCCUGGAACACAAAUACUACCAGGAGGACACAUGGAUAUUACAGAGUUUGAUUCCAUAAGAGGAAAAAAGGAGCAGGCAUUGUUUGUUCCAGAACAAGAGGGAAGCAUUCUAGAAUCACUUCAGAAGUCUCUUCCCCCACACUGGACUGUUCCAAUUCAAUCUGGAAAUCUGGAGGAAAAAAAUGAAACUGACACAAGUACUACUAUAAAUCUGGAGCAGAAAAAAUUAGGAAUGGAGGAAGGGAAAUUAAAAAUAGACACAAACAUAGCUGUCCAUCUGGAAGAGGACAAAAUAGAAAUGCACAGACAUACGACUGUCAAUCUGGAGAAGGAGAAAAUAAAAGUGGGCACAAGCAAUACUGUAAACCUGAAAGCUCCAUCUCUAAAGACAGAGGAAUCUCAAACUAAAACUCAGGCAAUCAAUCUUAUGGCAAACAGCUGCUCAAUCAAGCAAAAACAUCAAAAGGAACUGAAAGCAUCUGGUGCAAAACAAAACAUUCAGCCACAAAAAUUGUUUCAAAAACAUGUUCUGAAUUCAUUUUAUGCCUAUAUUCCUCUUUCUCCCAAAUUUGAUGGUCGGAAAGGCAGAUUAACAAUAGCAGAUUUGAAAAGAGAAUUGAGCCCCAUAUUUUCAACUAUGAAAAUCCAGAACCAUCCAAUUUCACAGAUUCUUGGCAACACAGGACGUGGUACUCCAAGCAAUAGAAUGAAGUUAGAGUAUGACUUUAACAAACCAGAGAAAGUAAUUUCAUGGGGUGAAGAUGCCUCAGGAAUAUUUAUCAGAAGUCUUUCUAUUUCCAUGAUGAGUCCAUUUCAGACUGAAGAAACAGUAGAAUCUGAGACAAACCUAAAAAGAGAAAAGAUAAUCUGUUUUUCUAAAUUCCCAGAGAAAUCACCAAACACUUGUGAAGUUGUUAAGAGGAACAGCUCAAACACUGCGAAAAAUGGGGACCAGAAUUUUACAAACACAGUUCCACAAGAUUCCCAGCCCUUCAUGGUGGACGAGCAACAAAUGCAAAAACUUCCUAGUGUCAAAUCAGAAGCAAACUUCAGCUGUGAAAUAAAUGAAAAAACUUUAACUCCACAAAUGGAAGAAAGGGUUGUUCCAGAGCAUGGUAUCUCAAAGACCGUAAAAGAACCUGACUUGCUUAUAGUGGAGCAAGAGGAAAAGGCACCAAAACCCAUUAUGACACCCACAGAGUGUCCAUCCAUGUCUGAAGUUCCAAAGGAAAAUUGCACCUGGCCACCUGAGCAUACAAAUCAGAGUGAACCUGUACGGGACACAACCACACAAAAGGUCCAGCAACAAAAAACGUUCCCAGGAACUGGGCCUGUACCACCCCAAGAGAAAAGUAAUGAAAUAGAAAUAGUGGCAGAUAGUGCAAGUGUGGAAAGUUUACUUCUUCUUUAUAAAGCAAUUAAAAAUGUCUUUGAAUCUCAGGUAAAAAAUUGGAUCCAAGACAAAAUUUAUGCUGAUAUGCUAGAAAAAGUUAAAGCCCAGAAACCUGAUGAUUGGCAGUCACAACCUUCUGUAGGAGGUCCAGAUACAACAGCCACGGAAAUACAUCCCAAAGUGCAGCCCAAACUCAUUUUAGAACGUUUGACUCCCAAAGAAACAAAUAAGCUCACUAAUCAUUUAGAGUCAAAAGCACUUGAAAUAAAACUGAAUCUCAUACCAGAGAGAGCAAAACAAUCCUUCACAAAGUUCAACUUUUAUCCAAAAUCGGCUAUUUCAGAAGGUAAUAGUUCGAGGCUCUAUCCAAGCCAUAAAAAAAUGUGCUUUUUGUCUCUACAAGGGAUUGAUACUAUAGAACUCAACUUAAAACAUAAAUGCCAAAAUGACUCACCUCCUAUCAGCUGCAGGAAGACACUGAUCGUUAAUGUUUCAAGUGGCAGUGAGGAGAGCAUUAGAAAGUUAAAGUGUAUUGAUAAGCUAGAAAGUGGAACAUCUUUAGUGACUUCUGCUAAUGAGGUGCCAUUGCCUCAUAUUCUCCAAAAUUACUCAGUAGACGAAAAAGACAAACUUCUUAUACACUUUUCUAAGAAAACAUUAGAGAUUCAAAUGAAAGCCUUUUCCAGAAUUGUGAGAGAAUCUUAUGAAAUGGCUGAUGCUCAGGAGAGAAGGAAACCUUUAUGUAAAUGUAUUAAUUCUGGUGUCAAAAUACCAAAACGGAGAAACAGAAUUUUGUUACUUUUUGAGGAAAAAUCUCUUCAUCAAAUAGAUCUUGAUCUACAAUACAAAUACCUUCGUUUUCUCCUGGGGCUUCGGGGCAAAAGUAUGUUUCCUAAGCCAAAUGCACUUCCCAAACAUACUCUUAAAUUAAACACAGUUGCGAUGUGUAAAUCAGGAGAUGAUAGUAGAGAAAGUGGUGGUCUUUCCAUUGAUACAGGAUCAUUAGAACAACAUAUCUCUUUCAAAAUGCAAAGUCCCCAUGAAAACUCGUCAUUGACUAGAAAAUUCCUCGAACCAACUCAUGUGUGUUCUGACCCUGAUCAACAUGGCACAGUGCAGAAAGAUACUACAGUUCUUUCAGAGUUAAAAUCUCGUGUGACUCCAGAAAAAGAUAAACAAUACCAUGUAUGGUUUCAAGAAAUAAAUACAUAUGAAUCUUUUGAUUUAAAGACUCAGAAAAAUGCCCCUAGUUUAGUUGACUCUCAUUCAGUUCAGAUUCCUGACUAUUUUACUGACAGUCAGACAAAAAUUGAGAGUUCCACUAACUUGAAUAAAUGCUCACCUCUUGAAUUACGUGAUAGUGAAGAAUGCAUAUUUUUAGAAGCCAACCCUUAUUUAAGUCAGGAAUCACAAAAAAUUCUACUUGAAUUACAGAAAGGCAUUCCUUUAAAACAUCUCUUCAAGAUGAAAAAAAUCAAAACUGAUUUGAAACCAUUUUACAAUGAAGAUUCAGGUUCCCAUUAUAUUAGUGGCUGCAGAAAACAUCCUUCGAUUGUGAAACCACCUAACUACAAAUCCCACAAAAGCAAGAAAUACAGGUCAUCCUCCAAAAUUCAAUCUCCUGAUUGUUUGUGUCACAGUUCAUUAAAUGCUGUCGAAGUUCCAUCUGUAUCACCUUAUAUUUCAUUCAGUGAAGAGAAGUUCUCAUGGACUACAGGGAGCAGAACAAGUUACUCUUUCGCUCCCUUAACAGAAUCAAAUAUUAAAUUACAUCUUGCAAAAAGCCAAGGCAAACCUCACAGGCAUCCAGAAAGCAAAGAAAGAAAGAAGACCAAAUUUGAUUUAUUUCGAAAGAACAACAUUCAUUGGGACUGUGAUUACAGUUGUACACAGAGUAAAGAGAAACACACAAGAAAGAAGAAAGUGUAUAUUUAUGAGCCAGAAAGAUCAGAUUAUUUCCCAAGCAAACAUAAGUCAACAUCAAAACCUCACCAGGAGGAUAUCAACUUCCAUUCUGAAAGACAACAAAACCAGCCAUUUUUUUAUGCCUGUACACCAGCAGACUCUCUGGAGAUUAUACCUAAAACCAUUCGCUGGAAUGUUCCCCAAAAAACUUUAAGGAAAAGAAACUUCAGAGUCCCUCUGGUGGCAAAGAUUUCAAGCUCUUGCAGUAUAUGGAGUUCAUCCAAAAAGUUGUUGGGGUCACUCUUAGAGCCCUUCAAUCCAGUUCAUCCAAAUUGA